GCGUGUAGGUGCGCGUCACCACUGCGCAAGCGACGCCGGGAUGGCUUCUUCGUUUCCUGCCCAAGCCCCUGCAGCGAAGAGGGCGAAGUACGAUGCGAAGGAUUUGGCUGCUAAGGUGCAAAUACUGAAGGCGUUGCAAGCGGGAGCAUCCCGGAAAGAAGUGAUGGAGAAGUUCUAGGUCAAGAAAAGCACGCUGAGCAGUUACAUCAAGGAGAAGACCAAAUUAUGCAAGCGUAUGACAGCGACAUGUUCGGAGAUAAGAGGAAGAGGCUCAGAACGGCAGCGCACCCCAAACUAGAAGAAGCGCUGUUGCGCAAGAUCGCCGUCUCGUGUGAUGCGCAGUUGCCCUUGAGCGGCCCCCUUAUCUGCGCACAAGCAGAAAAGUUUGCACUCGGCAUGAACAUUGACUCUUUCAAUGCGUCAGAAAGGUGGUUCGACCGCUUCAAGAAGCGACACGGGCUGGUGUUCCGCAACGUGUGCGGUGAAAAAGGUGCCGUCAACGAAAGUGUUGUGCGUGACUGGCGGUCUAGACUUUCCGCACGCCUUUCUGCGUACGAGCCAUGCAACAUUUUCAAUGCUGAUGAGACAGCGCUCUUUUUCAAGGCUCUGCCUGAUAAGACAAUCGCGUUUAAGGGGGACCCGUGCGUCGGCGGGAAACGCAGUAAAAAGCGGGUGGCGGUUCUUCUGGCUGCGAACAUGACCGGCACAGAGCGGCUGCCGCUGUUUGUGAUAGGAAAGGCAGCGAAGCCAAGAUGUUUUAAGAACAUUAAGCAGCUGCCUGUCGACUACCACUUUAACCGAAAGGCUUGGAUGACCGCCGAAAUAUUUCAAGCCUGGCUGCGUCAGCUAGACCACCGCUUUGCGGCCAAGGCUCGGAAGGUGCUGUUCGUGCUGGAUAACUGCAGUGCGCACACGAAGGGCACGUUUCCGGGCUCGAAAACAUUGAACUUCUAUUCCUGCCUCCAAAUACAACGACUUCCCUGCAGCCGAUGGACCAGGAAAUUAUACAGUUUGUGA